CGCUCGCAUUUUCGGUGACGUCAAAGGGCUGGCGGAAGUAAGGGGAGUUCUGGCACAGGAAGUGGUGGGGAAGUUUCAGGGAAGCUGUUUGGGUUGUUGACACUGAGUGAAAAUGGGUCUGUUCGGCAAAACGCAGGAGAGGCCGCCCAAGGACCUGGUCAAUGAAUGGUCACUUAAAAUCCGGAAAGAAAUGCGAGUGAUUGACAGACAAAUAAGAGAUAUACAGAGGGAACAGGAGAAAGUCAAGAGGUCAAUCAAAGAAACGGCCAAAAAAGGCAACAGGGAGGCCUGCAUGAUAUUGGCCAAAGAGGUGGUGCAGUCCAAGAAAGCAGUCAACAAACUGUAUGCCUCCAAGGCUCACAUGAACUCUGUGCUGAUGAGCAUGAAGAACCAACUGGCUGUUCUCCGAGUCUCCGGAUCGUUGCAGAAGAGCACAGAAGUCAUGAAGGCCAUGCAGAACCUGGUGAAAAUACCAGAGAUCCAGGCAACCAUGAGAGAACUGUCCAAAGAAAUGAUGAAGGCAGGUAUAAUAGAAGAAAUGCUGGAAGACACAUUUGAAGGCAUGGAAGACCAGGAUGAGAUGGAGGAACAGGCUGAGAUGGAAAUCGAUAGGAUCCUGUUUGAAAUCACGGCAGGGGCGUUGGGGAAAGCUCCCAGCAAAGUCACCGAUGCCUUACCGGAGCCUGAGAUCACAGGGGCUAUGGCUGCAUCUGAUGAAGAGGAAGAGGAGGACCUGGAGGCCAUGCAGUCACGGCUAGCAGCUCUCAGGAGUUAAAGAUAUACUGUACAUAUUCUCAUUCUUGGAGACGUCCCUGGUUUUUGACAUGUUCACUUUCUUUUGUGAAAAUAUUUUGCUUUAUAUAUAUUUAUAUAUAUAUUUAUCUAUAUAUCUCUCU